AUGCACUAUAGAGAAGGUGGGAAAUCUGCAAUCUACUAUGAGAAUGACACCAUAUUGGGUUGCCACUCCUGUCCUAAGAGGAACCUGACAGAGCUAGGAUUUAACUUCGCAUACCGCAAAGCCUUAAAAUUUGUGAUGAACUUCGUAGUUUCUUCAAAUCACAAAGGGAUGGUCUUUUUCAGGACAUUCACAGCUGAUCAUUUUGAAAAUGGGGAGUGGUUCAGUGGGGGAACUUGCAAUAGAACAACACCAAUUAAAGAAGGUGAGAUGGAAAGGAAAUAUUUGAACCAGAUGCUCCGUGACAUAGAGUUAGAUGAGGUUGGAAAAGCAGCUUCUGAAGCUUCAAAAAAUGGUGUUAAUUUUAAGCUUGUGGAUUUCUCUGUACUAUCACAAUUGAGACCUGAUGGACAUCCUGGUCCAUACAGGCAAUUUCAACUAUUUGCAAAGGACAAAAAGGCUAAAGUUCAGAAUGAUUGUUUACAUUGGUGCUUACCUGGGCCAAUAGACACUUGGAAUGAUAUAAUAAUGGAGAUGAUUGUGAAGGGGUGA